CUCAGGGGCUGCAUCGGCGAACCAUGGAAACCAGGGGACCAGAACGGACACCUUCUGAUCAGGAGGAACGAGGCAGAAAUGCUUUUAUCAGCAGACUGCGCACUCACAAACUGAGAGAGCAUUUCACAUGGAAGCUUCUCAAGACAAUGGCCAUGGGUCAGGGCUUGUCUUUGCUGAUAUGUGGGACGGCUCUCAGCUCACAGUACCUGGCAGUAGAAUUCCACGUGGACACGCCCAUGCUUCAGAGCCUCAUGAAUUAUGCCUUGCUGUGUUUAAUUUACACCACAAUGCUGGCCUUGAGAAAAGGGGAUGGAAAUAUUUUGCAGAUUUUAAAGACAAAGUGGUGGAAAUAUUUGCUUUUGGGACUCACAGAUGUGGAGGCAAAUUACACAGUAGUGAAAGCAUACCAGUUCACAACCCUGACAAGCAUACAGCUGCUGGACUGCUUUGUGAUCCCAGUGUUAAUGGUUCUGUCCUGGUUCUUCCUGAAGACUCGUUUCCAUGUAGUGCACUACGUGGCUGUGUUCAUCUGCCUGCUGGGGGUUGGGGCCAUGGUUGGGGCUGAUUUAAUUGCUGGAAGAGAUCAAGGCUCGACCCUAAAUAUUUUGCUGGGGGAUGGUCUGGUGCUCAUCAGUGCCACCUUAUAUGCCAUAUCCAACGUGUGCCAGGAGUACACGGUGAAAAACUGCAGCCGAGUGGAGUUCCUUGGAAUGGUGGGGCUCUUUGGGACCCUGAUCAGCAGCAUUCAGUUUGCUAUACUAGAACACAGAAAUGUUGAAAAGAUUGAGUGGAACUGGAAUAUUGGCCUGCUUUUUGCUGCAUACGCCUUCUCCAUGUUUGCACUGUAUAGCUUCAUGCCAGUGGUUGUGAAGCUGUCCAGCGCCACAGCGGUCAACCUUUCCUUGCUGACUGCUGACCUCUUCAGUCUUUUUUGUGGACUCUUCCUCUUUCACUACACUUUCUCAGCUCUGUACAUUGUGUCUUUCAUGGUGAUUACCGUGGGCUUUGUAAUGUUCAACACUGUGCCCACCGUCACUCUGGCUCCAACACCCAAUCAGUGCAACAUCGAAGGGAUCACCAACCCUGCCUCAAGCACAGAGGAUGACCUACAGGAAAUGGGGGUGGAACUAUCCUUAGGGGAAGAAGAGAGGAAGUCUGAAGAGCAGAAAGAGGAAGAAACAAAGUAUGGAGGUCUCAGUGUGCCUUGGACAAGCCAAGAGCAAAACAGACCAGAAUGGACAGCUGAACACAGCACAAAGAUGUAGACUUAAUCAAUGACACACAAUUUCUUUAUCCAAUAAUGUUCUGUUAUUCAUUUGGAUGAAUCUGAGGUGCCUUGUUAGGUCUGUUAUUUUCCUUUUGCUAGUAUUUUAAUAUAGUCUACUUUCUAUGAUAUAAAAGGGAUUUCUAGAACUAGAAAUACAUAAUUUUGUAAAAUAUUGAAUGACUUCUUCGUAUGCACACACUGUAUAACGGUUAUCAAAUGUAUUGUACCACAAACUGGCAUCUGCUCACGAUGAUGUGAAACUUAAAGGAAGUUUGCUACCUCAUUCAGGUAAGUGUUAAAUAAUUAACUGAAGGGAGCUAAAAUCACCAGAAUUGGUGGGCACGCUUGGGCACUUGGUGUGCACGUUCAUGUGCUUAGCAUAAGUGCGCAAUUGUGUCACAUUUCUCAAAUAAUCAUAAGUGCAGUGCACUUGAUGUCCAUUUUAUCUAGACUUGCGCUAAGGCCACUCCAGAGUGGUAUUUGGCCAAGUACACAGACCCACAAUGCACCACGUUUGUGACUGUUGAUGCCAGUCACGAGGUUACCAGCUUAUGUAUUUACUGGAGGAAAAUGCUACCAAAGAAAUAUCAAUGUAAAAAAGAUAUUUGCAAAGAUGCAAAAGUUGUAACUGUAUGUUAUUCAUAUUUAGCAUCUGGAUGGCAUUGUUAAUGUGAAUAUACUGUAAAGUUAGCAAUCUCCAUUAAUUUGUCCGUAAUCAGAUAGCCUAGGCCAACAUUUCAUGCGUAAUACUGCAUGAAUCAUUUGCAAUAUCUUUAAUGGUUAGCCUACAUUUAUAUCAGUAGGCUAUUCCUAGGCCAACAUUUCUAAGCAUGAGUAAUACCGCAUGAAUCAUUUGUGAUAUGUUUAAUGGUUAGCCUACAUUUAUAUCAGCUAUUAAGUGACUGCCAAAGGUCUUGCCUCAGCAUCAAAAGAAAAUUGUUUGUGACCCCAGUCACCUAGCGAUGACAGAUCAAUAGCCUAUUACAGUGAUCUUCAUUUCUGGUCCAGGAGGGUCGCAUGGUAUGUUGGAUUUUGUUGUUACUCUGCACUUAAUUUAUCAAUUAAAGCAGUCGAUUACACAGUUAACUCCCCUCACCUAGUUUCUCAGGUCUGAACUGCUUGCUGAUGUCAAGCUGAAGACAAAAACUAGCAGACCCUGCGGCCUGCCAGGACCAGGAUUGAAGAUCACUGGCCUAUUAGCCAGCCUAUAGCAGGGUUGCCCAACCCUGUUCUUGAGACACACAGUACCAUCCUGUAGGUUUUCACUCCAACCCUAAUUUGGCACACGGUUCUACUACUGGGAUAACGGCUCAACACGAUCUCUAGCUGUUAAAUGAGCUGUACCUUGUUGGAGUGAAGACAGGACUCUAGAUCUCCAGGAGCACCCGAGCUGUAGGCUCGUCAAACAAUAAGAAUUUAAAAUGGCAAGAUCAUGAAAAAGAUCAAAUGUAUCACAGAAUAACAACAGUUCCAAAUAAAAAUACAAAUUUUAUUCUCAUUAUAUACAAUGGUUCAGGUCAGUCAUCAUGUUUUGGGAGAAAAUUGAAGCUACUAUCUAAACCUGAGCAAUCCCAGCCCUUCAGGGGCAGCCUGUGUGUAUGUCAGUUUUUGUUUCCAACAAUUACCCUGGCUAAAUGAGAUAAUUGGCUGUAUAAACCAACACUGGUUCACAUAUAGAUUAAACAACAGUAUAACAUUUAACAUAAGGACACAAGAACAGUCCUUGGCUGUCAUUCAUGCGCUUCACAAUAAAUGUAGCUAAAAUGUCA